CGUUUUCAAGCCGCUGUAUCAUGUGCAUGCACAAACUGGAGAACGGGAUGUUUCAAUAUACUGUUAAGGUGUUGGUGUGCAUAUACAUGCCUUUACAGCGUCCUGCAGCCACUAUUAUGGCCGUGUUCGAUCGCAAUGGUCGGGCGUGGCUCCACAAGAAGGGCACGAGCCGAUAUAUGUGCAAAAGGGCUCCUGGUAGCUUGAUAUAGCAGUUGCUACAUCUAAAGUACAAAUAGAGCCAUACCUAGUCGAGGAGAUUGCUAUUGCAGAGCCUCAACAUUCCUUUUCGCUUCAUACACCCUCUUUCACUGAGCUCCUCAACAGCCAUGUAUUCACGCUUUCUCUUCGUCCUAAUUGUGGGCUUCAGCAUGGCAGCAACGACCACAGAAUACCGACGGGAUCUGUCAGCUCCGGAAAGUGGAGGCAUAUGGAUGUCUACCGAGCCGAAUCUAAAAGGGCUGAAAAACUACACAACUUUUCCAUUGAACACGUGUAUCAACCUUUCGGAGCCGUGGUUUGCGGCCAUCAGUUCAUUGCGCCCUGACACGGGUGUUGCCGUGACUUUAAGUCGAAGGAAUUACUGCGACAAUCCCACAGAUGCUAUUUUCUGGCCAGGAAUUGACGAUCUGCGAGACUACGGAUGGGAUCACCGGAUCGCAUCAUUCUUAGUACACAAGGUUCAGGUCGAAGAUAACGGGUGGAAUUGCAUCAGAGAGAUGUUUGCUGGAGUACAAUGUUCUAGAUGCUGUAAUGGUUGUUCUGAUAGCGGCGAAAACGUUUGCGCUGAGGACUAAAAAGGUACUGAUAAAAACUAUAGAAAAUGACUGCCACUGGAAUCUCAGAACCAAUG